CGCAUCUCUCCCCGCAGAGCCUCCGUCUGCCCUUCGGCCAUGUCCAAGCCCGGAGCCGGAGGCGCCGUCGAGGGAGAGGUCAACAUGCCCUCCUCUUCCUCCUUCUCCUCCUCCGGCGAGGGGAGAGAUGGCAGCUCCGCGGACUCGGCGCCCGAGAGGAGCCCCGGCAAAGUUGGGCAAAGGCAGGAGAUCGUCUGGAGGAAUGUCAUCCUCAUGGCCCUGCUGCACGUCGGGGCGGCGUAUUCCCUCGUCCUCAUCCCCAGAGCGCAUCUCUUCACCCUGAUGUGGGCAUACCUGUGUUUCUUUGUGACCGCCCUGGGAGUGACAGCGGGGGCCCAUCGCCUGUGGAGUCACAGAUCUUACAAAGCCAAGCUACCUUUGCGGAUAUUCCUGGCUGUAGCAAAUUCAAUGGCCUUUCAGAAUGAUAUUUUCGAAUGGGCCCGAGACCACCGAGUCCACCACAAGUACUCGGAGACGGAUGCCGACCCCCACAAUGCCCAGCGCGGCUUUUUCUUCGCCCACAUUGGCUGGCUCUUUGUCCGGAAGCAUCGAGAUGUCAUAGAGAAAGGAAGGAAGCUGGACUUCAGUGACCUGCUGGACGACCCUGUUGUCAUGUUUCAAAGAAAGCACUAUAAGGUUUCGGUCGUGCUGAUGUGCUUCGUCAUUCCUACUAUUGUGCCUUGGUACUUCUGGGGGGAGAGCUUGUGGAAUUCGUACUUCCUUGCUUCAGUUCUGCGUUACACCAUCUCUCUCAAUGUUUCUUGGCUGGUCAAUAGUGCCGCUCACAUGUAUGGCAAUCGGCCGUACAACAAGAACAUCAAUCCUCGGCAGAACUCCUUUGUCACUGUAGGAGCUAUUGGCGAAGGCUUCCACAAUUACCACCACACCUUUCCGUUUGAUUAUUCAGCUAGCGAGCUUGGCUUGAACUUCAACCCAACCACGUGGUUCAUUGACUUCAUGUUUUGGUUGGGCUUGGUCACCGAGAGGAAGCAGGCUCCGAGGGAGAUGAUUCAAGCUUGCAAAGAGAGGGCUGGAGAUGGCAGUUUUUGAGAAACAAAAUAUGUCUCUGAACAUUGAUGCAGCUGUAUGUGUUGUUUGUAUGUUUCUUCAUUGGAGUGGAGGGUCUCCUUACCCCCAAGCUUCCCCUUAGGAUGGAAGUAGUACUUUUCAUUGAUCAUAGGCCAAAUUAAAAUCCUGGGUUAAUUCCAUUUUA